AUGGUUUCCUUCAAGAAGAAUCUACUUGUGUCCGCUGUCGUGGCGGUGCUGGCCAUCGCUGCAUGCGGCUCCCUCGAGAUGGCCGAAGAAGAGAACACCGAGGGCGGCAACACGUGGAACCAAGGCGGAGGCAGCGGCACCACGCAGGGAGGUUCGUCCAACACGUACAACCAAGAUGGCGGCAACACGUGGACCCAAAACCAAGGCGGGGACAACACGUGGAAUCAAGGAGGCAACACUGUCACCCCGACCACGGGUGGUUCAUCCAACACGUGGAAUCCGGGUGACGACAUGUGGAACCAAGGUGGAGGCACUGGCACGUCGACCAACAACUGGGGCACCAACACGGGCGGAAACACGGACACCUCCCAGUUCUCCCAGGGCGGCACGCAGUCGAACAUCAACUUCAACUCGUUCGAGGACCCGACCAGUGUGGGCACGGUGUCGCCGCAGUAA